AUGCCCAUUAAAAUCGGUCUGGUCGGUUUACCAAAUGUCGGUAAAUCCAGUUUAUUCAAUUUUUUAACCAAAAAAGAUAUUUUGAUCGCUAAUUAUCCAUUCGCAACUAUUACUCCUAAUGUGGGGAUAAUGCUGCUUGCUGAUUCUCGUUUGGAAAAAUUAAGCAAAUGUUGGCAAAGCAAAAAAACGACUCCGAGCGUUAUUGAAAUCGUUGAUAUUGCCGGUUUAGUGAAAGGGGCCGCCCAAGGUUCCGGAUUAGGCAAUGAGUUUUUAUCCCAUAUUCGGGAGGUCGAUUUAAUUUGUCAGGUCCUUCGUUGUUUUUCGGACCAAGAUAUAGUUCAUGUAGAAAAGUCGGUGAAUCCCAUUCGGGAUUGGGAAAUAAUUCAAUUAGAGUUAAUUGAGGCAGAUUUGCAACAAAUAGAAAGAAAAUUAACCAAGUUAAAAAUUCGGGAUGAAAAAGCCCAAAAAGAAAAAAAUGUUUUACAAUCAAUUCAGGAGAAAUUGACCCAAGAAAUACCAGUGAGUCAAUUAGACUUAGCCGCCGCAGAAAAGGAAUUAAUCAAAGGUUAUCAUUUUUUGACUAACAAACCGGUUCUUUUGUUGGCUAAUUAUAGCGGGGAAGAAAAAGAGGUUCACGAAUUAAGAGAACACGCUAAAAAGAAAGGAUUGUUUUUCUUUCCUUUGGCUGUUAAAUUAGAGGAAGAAAUGACUGAAUUAUCGGCAGCAGAAAAAAAAGAACUCGGUUGA